AUGGAUAAUAGAAAUUAAGAUACAAUAAUCCUUUUUGAUGUAGACGGAACAUUAACAAAAUCUAGAAAUAAAAUAGAAAAUGAUAUGAUAGAAAUUUUAAACAAAUUAAAAAAAAAAUAUUAUGUAGCAGUUGUAGGAGGUUCAGAUUUAUAAAAAAUAUCUGAAUAAUUAACAUAAAAAGUUAUUGAUAAUAUGGAUUUUUGUUUUUGUGAAAAUGGCUUAUAUUCGCUUUAAAAUGGAAAAUUUCUAGAAAAAAGAAAUAUUAGAGAUCAAUAUGGUAAUGAAAAAUUAAAUAAGUUUAUUAAUAGAACAUUAAAGCUACUAUCUGAAAUAGAUAUUCCUGUAAAAACUGGAACUUUUAUUGAAUAUAGAAAUGGUAUGAUAAAUAUAUCACCAAUAGGAAGAAAUUGUAAUUAAUAAGAAAGAGAUGAAUUCGAAUAAUAUGAUAAAAUUCAUUAAAUUAGAUAAUAAUUAAUCAAUUAAUUAAAAAGUGAAUUUUAAGAAUAUAAUUUUAAAUAUUCUAUUGGUGGAUAAGUUAGCUUUGAUGUAUUCCCAAUUGGAUGGGAUAAGACUUACUGUUUAAAAUUUUUGGACUAAUUUAAAAAUAUACAUUUUUUUGGUGAUAAGACAGAUAUAGGAGGAAAUGAUCAUGAAAUUUACGUCCAUGAAAGAACUAUAGGGUAUUCAGUAAAAAAUACUUAAGAAACGAUUAAUUAUAUUUAGAAAUUAUUUUUAUAAUGA